AAGAUGGCUGCCGUUGCCAUGACACCCAACCCUGUGCAGACCCUUCAGGAGGAGGCGGUGUGCGCCAUCUGCCUCGAUUACUUCACGGACCCCGUGUCCAUCGGCUGCGGGCACAACUUCUGCCGAGUGUGUGUAACCCAGUUGUGGGGAGGGGAAGAUGAGGAGGACAGGGACGAGUUAGACCGGGAAGAGGAAGAGGAGGACGGAGAGGAGGAGGAGGUGGAGGCUGUGGGGGCCGGUGGAGGGUGGGACACCCCCAUGAGGGAUGAAGACUAUGAGGGCGACAUGGAGGAGGAGGUCGAGGAGGAAGAGGAGGGUGUGUUCUGGACCAGUGGCAUGGGCGGGUCCAACUGGGACAACAUGGACUAUGUGUGGGAGGAGGAGGACGAGGAGGAAGAUUUGGACUACUACCUGGGGGACAUGGAGGAGGACCUGAGAGGGGAGGAUGAGGAGGACGAGGAGGAAGUGCUGGAGGAGGACGAGGAAGAGGAGUUAGACCCCGUCACCCCACUGCCCCCGCCUCCAGCCCCUCGGAGGUGCUUCACCUGCCCCCAGUGCCGAAAGAGCUUUCCCAGGCGGAGCUUCCGCCCCAACCUGCAGCUGGCCAACAUGGUCCAGGUGAUUCGACAGAUGCACCCAACUCCUGGUCGAGGGAGCCGUGGGAACGAGCAGGGCAUUUGUCCCAAACACCAGGAAGCCCUGAAGCUCUUCUGCGAGGUGGAUGAAGAGGCCAUAUGUGUGGUGUGUCGAGAAUCCAGGAGCCACAAACAGCACAGCGUGGUGCCAUUGGAGGAGGUGGUGCAGGAGUACAAGAACCACUCAUCCUGUGCAACAACCACUGCCUUUUGUACUCUUCUCUGGGCCAAACUGCAGGGGCAUGUGGAACCACUGAGGAAGCAUCUAGAGGCUGUGCAGAAGAUGAAGGCCAAGGAGGAGAGGCGGGUGACAGAACUGAAGGUGGUAUCCACCAUCCCCUUUGCAUCAUCCCAGAGCCAGAUGAAGUCAGAGCUGGCAGCUGUGGCCUCGGAGUUCGGGCGGCUGACACGGUUUCUGGCUGAAGAGCAGGCAGGGUUGGAGCGGCGCCUCCGAGAGAUGCACGAAGCCCAGCUAGGGCGUGCAGGAGCAGCGGCCAGCCGCCUGGCGGAGCAGGCUGCCCAGCUGAGCCGCCUGCUGGCGGAGGCCCAGGAGCGGAGCCAGCAGGGGGGCCUGCGGCUGCUCCAGGACAUCAAGGAGACUUUCAAUAGGUGUGAAGAGGUACAGCUGCAACCCCCAGAGGUCUGGUCCCCUGACCCGUGUCAGCCCCAUAGCCAUGACUUCUUGACAGAUGCCAUCGUGAGGAAAAUGAGCCGGAUGUUCUGUCAGGCUGCCCGAGUGGACCUGACGCUGGACCCUGACACGGCUCACCCGGCCCUGAUGCUCUCCCCUGACCGCCGGGGGGUCCGCCUGGCAGAGCGGCGGCAGGAGGUUGCUGACCAUUCCAAGCGCUUCUCAGCCGACUGCUGCGUAUUGGGGGCCCAAGGCUUCCGCUCUGGGCGGCACUACUGGGAGGUAGAGGUGGGAGGGCGGCGGGGUUGGGCGGUGGGCGCUGCCCGUGAAUCGACCCAUCAUAAGGAGAAGGUGGGCUCUGGGGGAUCCUCUUUGGGCAGUGGGGAUGCCAGCUCCUCACGCCAUCACCAUCGCCGCCGCCGGCUCCACCUACCCCAACAGCCCCUGCUCCAGCGCGAAGUGUGGUGUGUGGGCACCAAUGGCAAACGCUACCAGGCACAGAGCUCAACGGAGCAGACACUGCUGAGCCCAAGUGAGAAACCACGGCGCUUUGGCGUGUACCUGGACUAUGAGGCUGGGCGCCUAGGCUUCUACAAUGCGGAGACUCUAGCCCACGUGCAUACCUUCUCAGCUGCUUUCCUGGGCGAGCGUGUCUUCCCUUUCUUUCGAGUGCUCUCCAAGGGUACUCGUAUCAAGCUAUGCCCUUGAUUAGCCUGCCACCCGCAGGGGCCCCUCUGGUCAGCACUUGAGGGGCGGGUGGUGGUGGAGGGUGUCCCAUAAGUUUAGGGGCUCAAAGGCUCCUUCCACUGUUUGUUGCUUCCCACUCCCCUUUGACCCCAGGCCCGCUUCUCCCUCUAGGAGCCUAAAGAACCUUCCUGGCCUGCAGCUCUGCCUUCUCUCACCUGCAAUGUCUGUCCAACAGGUCUGCAUGGGUCCCUGAUGAGAACAGCUGCCUGGUUUUCCUUCCCUCUGUCCACCCAGGGUUUUGAGUAGGAGUUGAGGGGAGAUUUAACUCUAUUACUUAACUUCCCUUUCCUUGCCCCUACUCUUCACCUUUCUUGUCAGUUCCCAGGCUGGGAUAUUUGGGCAAGACUCCUGUCUGCCCCAAAUUCCAUUUUCUGAUGCAAAUUUUAGCUAAGGGAUUUGGAAGCUUUGGGGGGAGGUGGGUUAGGCAAAAGGGUAGAGCUGGGUAAAAAAUGUCUAUUCUCUGGGGGAGGUAGGAGGGAUUCUAGACUCCUUCCAUCCCCAAUUUCUACCUCCAUAGACUGGCCAGAAUUUAGCUUGAGAUCUGGAAUGGUCAACACAAUUGAAACUACAUACCAUUGUAUUACCCAAUAAAUUAUUUUCUCCCCCACCCUUUUUCCAGCACUCACAUUAGGAGUAAAGCUCACCCCGCCCAUCCCCUCCAGGUCUUUUCACUGCCAGGCUCCUUUCCUCUUUGUCCAAUGAAGUUCCUUGUGUCAGUAUCCAGCCUCAUAUAUUAGUUCUCUCCAUCUGGUGAGCCCUGACCAGGAGCCUGGGGACAGGGGUUUGGAUCCCCAGGAGAGCUUUGGGUAUAAUCUAUUUUUCUAGUAACCCCUUGCCUUCUGUCACUUGUCAGCUUUUGUCCUUUGCUUUGAUGGCAGAGGUCAACUUCUGUUCCUGGGGGAAAGGGAAGACGGGAUGUGUUGUGGAAAUAAAGUUUAUUUGCUUCUUU